UUCGUAAAACCCUCAUAGAUCUGAUCGGUCUCACUGCAUCUCUAUUUAUUAUUUUCGCACUCUCUCAGACUUUCUCUCUCUCUCGCUUAAAAUCUAGGGUUCUCUCUCUAUCUGAAAUCUAGGGUUUCGUAUUGCUAUCCAACUACCACGAUCGCUGCCGGAGAUCAGGACCGAAGCAGAUCUAGAUCCAGGUGGGCUUUCUGUCUUGGAUGUGCAGAUCUUUUGGGGAAUCUUCAUUGAUCUGAUUCAGAGAAAAAUCAUCAAGCGCUGGAUUUGAUAUGAGAUUUAAUAGUGUAUUCAUGGUGCUGUUUUAGUUCCACACAUGGUAUCUCCUUCUAUGAUCCUCUGAAUGCUGUGGUGUAACUAGGAAGUAGCGCCGUGGAAUUUUGGCACCUCAAUCAUGAGGGGAAGAGCAGAUGGAGUCCAAAAGAAGCGACUGGUCACCUCCUUGUGUGUUGUGGGGUUUUUUCUUGUUUUCUUAUUUGUAUAUUAUGGGCCUGGCUCCCAACAUGGUGCAUCGGCUAUGGAAUAUAGUAAAACUUUUAGAAAACUGAGGUCAUCCUAUUUGAAUAGCAACGAUGACGCUGAGCUUGGGGGCAAGCAAGAAGAAUCGUCCUCCAAGUUUGGGAUUGAAGAUGGAGAUGAAGAUUCGAUGCCGAAGAGCUUUCCAGUUUGUGAUGGUCGGCAUUCAGAGUUAAUUCCAUGCCUGGACAGAAAUCUAAUAUAUCAAAUGAGGCUGAAGCUGGAUUUAUCUUUGAUGGAGCACUAUGAGAGACAUUGCCCUCCACACGAAAGGCGCUACAAUUGCUUGAUUCCCCCACCACCUGGCUACAAGGUUCCAAUUAAGUGGCCAAGGAGCAGAGAUGAGGUAUGGAAGGCAAACAUACCUCACACUCAUCUUGCACACGAGAAGUCUGAUCAGAAUUGGAUGGUUGUGAAAGGUGAAAAGAUUAUCUUUCCUGGAGGAGGCACCCAUUUUCACUAUGGAGCUGAUAAAUAUAUUGCCUUGCUUGCAAAUAUGCUCAACUUCACAAACAAUAAUUUAAACAAUGGGGGAAGGAUUCGGACAGUUCUUGAUGUAGGCUGUGGAGUUGCAAGUUUUGGAGCUUAUCUCCUUUCAUCUGACAUCAUAGCAAUGUCUUUAGCACCCAAUGAUGUGCAUCAAAACCAGAUCCAGUUUGCUCUAGAAAGAGGGAUUCCUGCAUAUCUUGGUGUGCUGGGUACAAAGAGGCUCCCUUACCCUAGCAGGUCAUUUGAAUUGGCUCACUGUUCUCGUUGUAGAAUUGAUUGGCUUCAAAGGGAUGGGAUCCUUCUGCUCGAAUUAGAUAGAGUGCUUAGACCAGGAGGCUAUUUUGCCUACUCAUCUCCCGAAGCAUAUGCUCAGGAUGAAGAAGAUCUACGUAUAUGGCGAGAGAUGAGCGCCCUUGUGGAACGCAUGUGUUGGAAAAUUGCUGCAAAAAAAAACCAAACUGUCAUUUGGGUCAAACCUCUGACAAAUGACUGUUACAUGGAAAGAGAGCCUGGUACUCAACCUCCUCUAUGCAGAUCUGAUGAUGAUCCAGACGCUGUGUGGGGUGUGCCUAUGGAAGCAUGCAUCACACCUUAUUCUCAACAAAACCAGAGAGACAAGGGAAGUGGAUUGGUUCCUUGGCCAGCUCGAUUAACUGCUGCUCCUCCUCGUAUUGCUGAUUUUGAUUAUUCUAGUGACGCUUUUGAAAAAGACACGGACGUUUGGCAACGAAGGGUUGAGAAUUAUUGGAAUCUGUUGAGUUCAAAGAUUAAGCCGGACACUGUAAGGAAUGUGAUGGACAUGAAGGCAAACAUGGGAUCAUUUGCAGCUGCUCUCAGAAACAAAGAUGUUUGGGUGAUGAACGCGGUACCUGAAGAUGGACCAAAUACACUCAAGAUCAUUUAUGACAGGGGCCUGAUAGGCACUGUGCAUGACUGGUGUGAAGCCUUCUCGACUUACCCCAGGACCUACGAUCUGCUCCACGCCUGGACUGUCUUCUCAGACAUCGAGAAGAAGGGAUGCAGUGCUGAAGAUCUGCUACUCGAGAUGGACCGCAUAGUUAGGCCAACUGGCUUUAUCAUUGUCCGCGACAAGCGACCAGUCAUCGAGUACAUUAAGAAGUAUUUGACAGCAUUACACUGGGAAUCAGUGACAUUGGUUGAUGCUGAAGAUUCGGAAGCGGACGAAGAAGAGAAGGUGUUUGUGAUCCAGAAGAAGAUGUGGGCGUCCAAUGGAAGCCUCAAGGACUCUAUAUAAAAGAAUGGCAGAGUUCAUUCCUCUUCUGCUCUCUUCUUGUUUCCUUGGCAGCAAGGGCCUAAGAAGUCUGGCCUUGGUGCUGUAAUCAUUUUCCCCCCUUUUUCUUACAAGCCAUGUUGAAUUGUUUUCUUUUUCCCCACAGUAGUUAGUGAUAAAGCAGAUGACUGUUAUUAUGUCUCUAUAUUAUUCUUCAUUAAAUUUUGGCUAUUUUCAGAUAAUUCUUUUCUUUUUCGUUUCUUGCUUCUUCCUCCUCUUUUUUUUCCCUCCAUGGAUGCUGCUCUGGGGGAUGGAUAAUGAUAUUGAUAUUAGAUGGAGGAAUGAAAUAGAUGAUGUAGCUGGGACCAGCUGGAUAAAUAAGUGGGGGUGUUUCCUUUCAAAA